CGAAUCUCUUUUAGAUUAUUGUUUCACUCCAAGCAUUCAAAACAAAAGCAGGACAAGGACGAACCAGUUAUAAAAUGUUUAUUACAACGUAAAACCAAACUCAUAUGGAUACUCUAGUGAAUCUCCGCAAUAUGAUUCAGAACAUCCAGAACUUGUUGCAUGGACGAUCGUGUGGGCCUGUCCUCGGUGCAUUUUUGGAUGAGCGUGCCCAUACGCAAUCCUGCAAUCACAGGAUAAUCACGCUCAAGUCGAGGAUCAAUUAUUUCCGUAAACAAGAAAGGUCUAGGCCCCCUAACACCUAAGCUUUUAUUCUUCUUGAACUUUUUUGCUCCGUUUCUCAAAGCAAGUAAAUGCGCAAGCAAGUCCCCUUCUUUCGAGCAAGUAAAAAGCUCAAGCAAAAUCACACCAAAUGCGAAAACAUCGGUAUCCAUUUUAAAACCACCUACAUACGUUAUACAAAUUGUCAAACAUUUGAAAAUGGAAAUAUUGAUCACUAAAACAAGAGCUAAGAUUUAAAACACCAGACAUCCAUGAGGCAUGUAUAUAUGUCCUCUCUCAAGAAUCAAGCAAUUUUCCAGACAUUUUUUGUUUGUUGCAAGGUAAAACAAUUUUGCAUUGUGUUCCUGAUGAGAUCCAAAUUUAGGUAUUAGUUUCUAAGAUCAUUAUUAACAAAAAGAUAAAUAAAAAGGUUAUUACCUCGUCAAGCAUAAUGUUAUGCAUUCUGAGUUAUUAAUAGUUUGGUUUGGUUCAGAUAGUAAUACCAUAAAAUGUUAUUAAUAGUUCGGUAUGAACACGGUUCGGUUUGGUACGGAUAGUUUCAGAUUUGGUUUGGUUCAGAUAGUAAAACUAAAAACUAUAAAAUGUCCAAAAAGAUUCCAAGGCCCAUAAUGUUUUAGUUUUAAAAAAAAAUAUCCAAAAAAUUGGUUUUCAUUUAGUUUCAGUUUCGAUUCGAGUAGUUCGGGUAAUAUAUUAGUUAUUUAGGAUAAAAAUUUUAAAAAUUAUAAUAAUUUAGAUAAAUUUUUUUUGGAUAUUUCGGAUUACUUUAUAUAUUUCGGAUAAAAUUAUCCGGAUAUUUUCGGAUAAUUCAGAUACUUUAUAAUAAUUUAGUUAUUUUUGAAUAUUUUUAGAUAUUUUUAAUAGAUUUUUAAAUUAAAAAUAUAUAUUUAAUUAGGUUAUAUGUAUAUAUAACUAAUAUUUUUAUAUAUUAGGGUAUUCGUUUAGUUUCAGUUUGCUUCCAGUUUAGUUCAGUUUGAUUAUUUUAGGUAUAAAAAUAUAAAAAUCGUUCGGGUAUUUUAAAGUUUUGAUCUGAUUUUAAUUUUGGGUAUUUCGGUUCGUUUUUUAAGUGUUAUUUUUUUUUCCUAGAAAAUAAUCUGAAUUAGACACAUAAACAGAAAAAAAGAAACAAAGGCGUGGGACCCAAAAGUCUCCAUCUGCCACCUAACGUGCCGCACCGCCAAAUAUAACACACCAAUGUCGAUACUUCCUUAACGCGUUCACACUGCUUUCUUAGCUUCUCGGUACAAUCAUUUAAGAUCUUAAUAUUAUAAACUUGAACAAACAAAUAAAAUAAACAUUAUCCGGUUCGUAUAUAAGAUAUGUGUGUGAACAUCCACUCCACAAUAUAACAACGUUUAUAAAAUGCUGUUGACAAAAGUUAAACAAAAUAAUACUAAUAAAAGAGUGGUGGAGAGAAGACUCGUCUUUUCCCAAACCGAAUGUUACAUAUCUGAACGAGAGAAGACUCAUUCUUUUUAUCGUUUCUCAUCUCAGCAAUCAGCAUAGAUUAUCAAAACGGGAUAGUUGGGAACACAGUACGAUGAUAUCACAAACUAUCUGAAUCUAGAAAUAACGUAAACAAUACUGUUAUGUAGAGAUUAGAAAAUUGCAACUACCACUUACGAAAAUAGUUAGUUCACAUUGGCAAGUAGCAGAACAUAUGAAUUGAUAAUGGCAUCAACUUCUUUAAAGCAUUGUUUAGUAGCACGACAUAGUGAUUCAUGUAGCAAAGGGGAAGAACAUAGAUAUAUAGAUUUAUUAUUUAUUUAUUCACUAGACUAUUAUUUUGACAACUAAUUACUUUAGUUUUAAAUUUCCAACGGGCUUGUUUUUAAAUAUCUUUUACAUUUUUAAAACUACGAGUCUACACAAGUAAUUGCUUCAGUUUUUUUUUAAUUUUUUCUUUUUUUUUUGAAAACAGGUUUCACAUAGUUUGCUUUAAAAUUUGAAUCACCAAAAAAACAAUGCUUCUGCCUUUUUUCUGUAUAAACUAAUAUCUAAAACAACCAAAGAACGUAACAAAAGAAGAAUAAAAAUGAGUAAUACCAAUAAAUAAUAAAUAAAAUAUUGGAAAAGAAAAAGAGGUGGCGUACUAAAGUCAAACUUGCGUGUUCACACACACAUCCCACAAGUUUCAAAGUCUUGUCUGAGAUAAAUCUAUUUAUGAACCAAAGAAAAUAUAUCUUCUCUUCCAAUCCAGAGCGAAGACACUUUUGUCCGAAACAAAACUCACAAGCCUUACACGACGUCGAUGAAAGCCGCCUCCUCCGCCGUUUUCCGGAAAGGAACCAACGAAACCAGAGACGACGACGAGGAAGAAGAAAAAGAAGAAGUCUGUAAUGUCUUCGACGCCGAGGUAGAGAGCAAGACUCAAACGACGUCGUCCCACGAAACCAAAAACAACCUCAAGGGAUUCUUCACUUCCUUGCUCUUGAUGGAGGAGCACGAGAAGCAGAAUCACGAAGCUCAAAACGCCGCUUCCCGCCGCGAAAUGUCCGAGCUCCAGUCUAAUUACCGGAAACGAGCAAGAACCAUGUCCGAUCACUACUCCGAUCUCACCGAUCACUACGCCGACCCCGUUGAUAUCAGUCGGAAGAAGUCACGCGCCUCACGCGCCGCCGUCGCUUCCGUCUCCGCCGCUGUAACCGAGACAGAGGCGGAGGGGAGCGAGAUAACCGGAUCCGGUUCGGUUCACGGUACGGGUCAGCAGAGGCGGUUAUGGGUGAAGGAUCGAAGCCGAGCGUGGUGGGAAGAGUGUAACCGCUCGGACUAUCCGGAAGACGAUUUCAAAAAAGCGUUUCGGAUGUCCAAAUCCACGUUCGAGCUAAUCUGCGAGGAAUUAAACUCAGCGGUGGCGAAAGAAGAUACCGCGUUGCGAAACGCGAUUCCCGUGCGGCAGCGAGUCGCGGUUUGCGUUUGGAGGUUAGCCACGGGGGAGCCGCUCCGUCUCGUCUCCAAGAAGUUCGGUUUAGGAAUCUCCACGUGUCACAAGCUCGUCCUCGAGGUAUGUAAAGCGAUUAAAGAAGUUCUAAUGCCUAAGUACCUUCAGUGGCCUGAUGAUGAGUCGUUAAGAAACAUUAGAGAAACGUACGAAUCGAUCUCGGGUAUACCGAACGUUGUUGGGUCUAUGUACACGACUCACAUUCCGAUUAUAGCUCCUAAGAUCAGUGUAGCUUCUUAUUUCAACAAGAGGCAUACCGAGAGGAACCAGAAGACUUCGUACUCGAUCACAAUCCAAGCCGUUGUGAACCCAAACGGCGUUUUUACUGACUUGUGUAUAGGAUGGCCCGGGUCAAUGCCUGAUGAUAAGGUGUUGGAGAAGUCGUUGUUGUAUCAAAGAGCUAACAACGGAGGUCUUUUGAAAGGUUUGUGGGUCGCUGGUGGGGCGGGUCAUCCGUUGUUAGACUGGGUCUUGGUUCCUUACACGCAGCAGAAUUUGACUUGGACGCAGCACGCGUUUAACGAGAAGAUGAGCGAGGUGCAGAGAGUGGCUAAGGAAGCGUUUGGGAGGUUGAAAGGACGGUGGGCGUGUCUGCAGAAGCGGACUGAAGUGAAGCUGCAAGAUUUGCCGACGGUCUUGGGGGCGUGCUGUGUGUUACACAAUAUAUGUGAGAUCAGAGGGGAGAGGAUGGAGCCAGAGCUGAUGGUUGAAGUGGUUGAUGAUGAGGUUUUGCCUGAAAACGGGUUGAGAUCGGUUAAUGCGAUGAAGGCGAGAGAUAGUAUCUCACAUAAUCUAUUGCAUCAUGGACUCGCGGUUCGAUUGAUAAUAAUGGCUCGUUACUCAUCGGAAGAUGGGCACGCGCCAGCUAAUUCGACGGUGGUCGCCAUUGACAAAGACAAGAACAGUCACUACGCUGUUCGUUGGGCCGCCGAUCAUCUCUUCAACAUGAUCAACAACCCCAACAUGAUUCUUGUCCAUGUUCGUCUUAAAAAUUCUAACCAUGGAGACGAUGAAUUGAAUCAUCUUUUUGUUCCGUACAGAGGUUAUUGCGCGCGAAAAGGGAUUUCAAUGAUGGAGGUUAUUCUAGAAGAUUCCGACGUUGCGAGAGCAAUACUCGAUUACGUUAACAACAACCUUGUGAACAACAUCGUGGUGGGAUCAGCAUCAUCCUCCAAGAACCCAUUCGCUAGAUCUCUCAAGUUCACUAAAUCUCAUGACGUUGCUGCUUCCAUUCUCAAAUCAACGCCAGAGUUUUGUUCCAUCUACGUCAUCUCCAAAGGCAAAGUCCAGUCUUCACGAGCAGCUCAAAGACGUAUCACCAAUACACUUGUCCCACCUCGUGAACCAUCAUCCGCAUUUCAUCUCCAAAAUCUACCUGACCCUGACCAAGAUCCCUUACCUAGGGGACAGCGUAAUUCAAGAAACACAACUCCAGAGAGGUAUCAUAAUGAUAAUGGCUUCAAUGCCAUGAGGGAAAGGCGUAGAAGUGCUGCAAAUGGAUCAUUGGACUUUAAUUAUGAUUUUAAGCAGGCAAAUGGGCAAAGGAACCCUGUGGGACGUAACUCGUUUUCUGAUGAAUCGGAUGGUGGAUCUCUCAUGAUGGGUUCGGUUGAUCUAAGUGCUCAGAAUUAUGAUUUCAUUGGUGCAUCUGGCUCUUCUGAUGAAUCAGCUUCACAAUCAACUAGAGAUAUUGAAGCUGAGAUGAAAAGGUUAAAGCUUGAACUCAGGCAAACCAUGGACAUGUACAGCUCAGCUUGCAAAGAAGCACUUAAUGCAAAAAAGACGGCAAAUGAGCUUAAUAUGUGGAAAAAGGAAGAAGCUAGAAGAUUUGAGGAAGCUAGGAGUGCUGAAGAGGCAGCCCUAGCUGUUGCAGAGAUGGAGAAGGCCAAGUGCAAAGCUGCAAUGGAAGCAGCUGAGAAAGCACAGAGAAUGGCAGAGCUAGAAGGACAAAGAAGGAAGCAAGCAGAGAUGAAAGCAAGAAGAGAGUCUCAGGAGAAAGACCGUGCGCUUACUGCUUUGGGACAGAACGAUGUCCGGUACAGAAAAUACUCUAUAGAAGAGAUCGAAGAAGCUACCGACAGAUUCGCAAGCAACAUGAAAGUAGGAGAAGGAGGAUACGGACCGGUCUAUAAAGGCACACUUGAUCACACUCCUGUCGCUAUCAAAGUCUUGAGACCUGAUGCUGCUCAAGGAAAGAAACAGUUUCAACAAGAAGUCGAGGUUCUAAGUUGCAUAAGACACCCUCACAUGGUUCUUCUCCUCGGUGCGUGUCCUGAAUACGGAUGCUUGGUGUAUGAGUUUAUGGAGAAUGGGAGCUUAGAGGAUAGACUCUUCCGUAGAGGAAACUCGCCGCCUCUUUCUUGGAGGAAAAGGUUCCAAAUAGCGGCGGAGAUAGCCACCGCACUCUCCUUCCUUCACCAAACCAAGCCGGAGCCUCUCGUUCACCGUGACCUAAAACCUGCUAACAUACUCUUAGAUAGAAACUACGUGAGCAAGAUCAGUGACGUUGGACUAGCUCGGUUAGUCCCUGCUUCGGUGGCUAAUAACGUCACGCAAUACCACAUGACAUCUGCGGCAGGAACGUUUUGUUACAUAGACCCUGAGUACCAGCAAACGGGGAAGUUAACCACGAAGUCGGAUAUAUAUUCGCUAGGGAUAAUGCUGCUUCAGAUCAUCACUGCCAAGAAUCCUAUGGGUCUGGCUCAUCAUGUGUCGAGGGCUAUUGAGAAAGGAACUUUCAAGGAUAUGCUUGACCCGGUUGUGACUGAUUGGCCGGUUGAAGAAGCUAUAAAUUUUGCUAAGCUGUGUCUGAAAUGUUCAGAGCUAAGGAAGAGAGAUAGACCAGAUCUUGGAAAAGAUAUAGUUCCAGAGCUUGUCCGGUUAAGAAACUUGGGCUUGGACAAUGAGUCAGAUGCAUCACAUAUUAUGGGAAAAUCUAAUUCAAAAGAGAAACCACCUUCUUCCAAUUCUGCACAAAGUCCUCAAAUUGAUUUUGAGAGAGAAGAUCAGCUUACAUAUGACGAUCGUUUGAAAACCCCUGAAAGUCAUAGGGGCAAAAUAGUUAGUUUUUGUCAUGAAUGUAUACAUGAAUGUAAGUUGGUGGACAAACGUGUCUUCGCUUGUAGUAAUUUUAUUUGCCUUUGUUCACCCGAGAAACUUGACGACUAAAUAUUGUAAUGACUUUCAAACGAUUCAAUUAAAUAGAUGACUAUAUCAUACUCCUUCACCUCCCUGUUUUUGGACCAUGUACAUCUAUCAAUAUCUGGUUUUAAUUAAACUCUGUUUAAUCAAUGUGAAAGCAAGUUGUAUAUGAAAUGUUUAUGUGUCACAAUUUUGAUGUUAAUUAAGGGUGACAAACACUAAAAUACCACUAAUGAAAAUCAUAUGAAUAUUUUUAAUUUUAGUGGUAAUUUGUGUAAAUUACACAUGAAAUAAACGACUGGACAUUAGCCAAAUAGAUACACGAUCUUGUAUAUUUUUGAACGAAUAGGGGACGAACCCUAAUUGAUAAAAAUAUCCUUUACUUACAAGCGAUAAACUAUCCCCAUUAAUAUAACUAGCUAACUAAUCUAUAUUGUCUAUAAAAAAUGAAAUACAAACUCGCAGCACGACAUUCCCGAUCGUCACACAAGGUUCUCACAGUUUCCACAGUCCUCUCUUUCUUUCUUUUUAUCAGGUGAGAGUGUGUGUCAGACUUGAUUGGCCGCAUAAAUCGAGCAGAGGCAUUUGUUCAAGUCCAGCUGUAUUAUAUUA